CACAAAUAUCGAUUCGAUCCAGCUCGAGUCUGAUGUCUCUUCUCUGUUCUCGCGCGGCGACAGAGCGCAUCUGUAAGCUUAUCUCCAAACCUAUCUAUCACGUAAAAACUGCACAGCCAUUCGCUUCACCAUUUCCCACCACGCCUCAUCCGCCAUGGCCGCCUCCUUCCUCCGCCCUCUCCUCCCUCCCAAACCUUUCCUCUCCACUCCCAAACCACAAGUCCCUAUCGCCCCCAUCACCGCCGUACGCUGCACCGCGGCGCCCAAACCGACCACCUCCACCCCCAAGCCUGCCCAGCAAGAAGGCAACCAGGAGCAAGAACCCACUCCCGACGAGGCCGACGCCAACCCCCACCGCAUCCCCGACGACGAGACCCCGCCGUCGGCGACUGCGACCACCUCCUUCUCGGUGGUCCGGCGCGUGCCGUCGGCCAUCUCGACGGACGGCCGCCUCCGUCGGACGGCGCUGACGCAGGAGGAGCCGCCCAACUACGAGAUCGGGUGGAAGCGCACCAAGAAUCUCCCCCUGGAGAAGCCCAAGGGGUGGGCCAUCGCCGACUUUCUGGAGAAGCUGGAGGGGCUGAUGGAGCGCGGGCGGUACGGGUCGGGCGCGCUGCUGGGCACGGUGGCGGGCGUGGUGACGGAGCGCGCCCGGGAGGAGGCGGAGAUCCUGAUGGCCGAGGGCGGCGUGGACGAGCGCGUGGCGACGGAGCUCUUCCGCGUGCUGCGGCUGGUGGAGAUGGACGUGGAGAUGGUCAAAGCCGCCGUCAAGGAGGAGACCGUCAAGGAGCGCGUCGAGACGGCGCGCGCGCGGUGCCGCCAGGCCAUCCUCGUCGCGCUCUCGCUGUGACCGUGGCUGCACGCACGCUUAGGGACGGGUGUAAUCACGUCUAAGUAUACUGCUAGCACUUAAUGCUGUGCAUAGAAAUUUUGUUAUCGAGUGGUGCAAUGAGGUCAGUCUACUCAAGCUGCAGCAAAUCUGAAUGUUCUGCACCGGUCAACUGUACGCCGGUUGUGUGUCAUUCUGCAAGAAGGCAGACAACAUGGCCGCAGACUCGAGCAGUCUAUGGUAGUGUCAUGGCCUGGUCGGGUCCACGAUCCCUCUGCAGAUGACGAGACGUGGCAGGUGGCACCAUCUUUUCUGAGGGUUGUAAACGAAUCAGGUACAAUUCAGGCUAACUGUACUUUGCAUUUGAUGCUAAAUAAACUAGCUCUGUUUUAUUGCUACUCCCUCUAGGUGCACCAUGAACAAGGUGGAGGAAAAAAAGAUAACUUAGGGCCUGCUUGGAUCCAAGGGACUAUUUUUAGUCUGACUAAAAAUAGUCUUUUUUAGAGGCUAAAGUUCCAAGCACCCCUGACUAAAGAGAGGCUAGAACUAGUCUUGAGGCUAAAACUUUUUAGUCACAUGAAACCUACUAAAAUAUGUAUUAGCCCUCUCUUUCCUCAUUUAAUUCCUCUCCUUUAGCACAUGCGAGUUCUGGAUUGGAUGAUUUGGAGGAUAAUAAAUGCUCAAUAACUUCAUUUUAGUCUCUUUAGUAUUUGGAUCCAAGCAUGGGUGAGGCUAGCAAGUUUUAGUCCCACUACUUUUAGUCAUGGGACUAAAACGUAUUCAAGCACCCUCUUAAUGUUCAUUUGCUAAUUAAUGAUAUUGCAUGCAAUAAAUUGACAAUUACA